UCACGUAGCUGUCAGUUGUCACGUAUCUUAUGACGUAAAUUAUGUUGUUUUGUGAAAUACUAUAAUUUUUAACUUUCUCUAUUUCGUAAAUUAAAUAAAAGGAAGUGGAAAACAGAAAUAUUAUAUUUAAAUUAUAUCAAUAUUAAUAAAGUUAUCGAAGCCUUUAUCUCAGGGAUAAAUCGCAAAGUGUUAAUUUGGUGUAACUUUCUACUUCGUCACGAUGGUAAAAGUAUACGCCCUAGCAGUCCUGUAUAAAGGAGUCAACAGUGCUACUGUGUUAAAAGCUGCGUACAACUUGCAGAGCUUUAGUUUCUUCCAAAAAGGAUCUGUCCAAGAAUUUAUGACCUUUGUGAGCAAAACUAUCGUAGAAAGGACACAGCCAGCAUCAAGACAAUCUGUUAAAGAGGGGGAGUACAUGUUGCAAGUAUAUGUUAGAGCGGAUAACUUGGCAGGUGUGCUUAUAUCAGACCAUGAGUAUCCGAAUAGAGUGGCACAUACUCUAAUUACCAAAGUCUUGGACGAGUUCUCUGCAAAAGUUCCCGCUAGCAACUGGGCAACAGCCAAUGAAACUAGUGUCGAGUUUCCAGUUUUACCCGAAUAUUUAGUUAAAUUCCAAAAUCCUCGUGAAGCUGACGCUUUGACAAAGAUACAAGACGACUUGGAUGAGACUAAGAUAAUAUUACAUAACACAAUAAAAGCAGUUUUAGAUAGAGGUGAACAUUUAGAUGAGUUAGUCGCCAAAACUGAUAGCCUCUCAACGUCCAGUAAAGCAUUUUAUAAAACCGCUCGUAAGACUAACAGUUGUUGUAACUUCUGAGAAUGUUGGAAUAGAAUUAAUUUGGAUGUGUAUAAAAUUAUAGUGAAAAUGAUAAAGCAUGUAUUGGAAAUUGGAUAUUAAGAUUAUAUGUUAUCUAGACAGUGUGUGACAAGCUUUUGCUAUUUAGAACUAUUUUAAAUGUUAAACUACAAAAGUAUAGUAACAAAAGCUUAUAGUUAUAUUACAAUAUGGUUAUUUAAAGUAAUUAGGUCAAUGUACUUGAGAUAUCAUUAUUAUUGUUAUCAAUAAUGAUAUGAAAAUGUAGUAAAUUUAAUAUAUUCUUCAUCUGAAAAGUUGUCCUGGGUUCUUGAACUAUAUAGUUAAAGUUAAUGUAGAAAAGAAACCUACAUUAAAAAGAUAUUGAAUUCUCUCUCAGACUGUCAAUUACAUAAUUUUGUGUUUAAUUUUUUACAACAAAUACAACAGUUUGAUUAUUAUUAUUGAUUUCAACUAUAGAGCUAUCGCUUAGUACAGUGUUACACUAUUGAAACAUUUGUAUGAAAAUAUAAUAUAAAUAUGUCCAGUGGUGGGUGUGAAAUGAUGAUGGAUGAAAUGUUUUAAGUUAUACCAUGUACUUGUAAUAUGUUGAUGUCACAUAAAUUAUAGUGGGGAUAGUUUUUAAGUGGUUAUAUUUAUAUGUAUGUAUAAAAUGCUUAAUAGGUAUUUUAAAAAUAGUUAAAUCAUGUAUAAAGCAAGGCCACUGUAUGUAAAAAACGUAAACAAACUUUGACAUUAAGGGUUUAUUUACAUGAGCAGCAUGUUGCCAACGGACUGCAGUUGGUGACCGCCAUCGACCGCCGCCGAGACGUCGGCGACUACAAUCAACUGCUGUUGACUGCAAUCGGUGACUGCCGUCGACUGCCGCCGAGAUGUCGCUUAUUGCAGUUGUAUGUAGCAGUUGCUGCUCGUGUAAAUCAACCCUAAUAUUGAAUUGAUUCAUUAAAAAUUGUUUGCCCAUCAUGCAAUGGCAUAGCAAGGGUUCUUUGUCGCCCGAGGCUGACUGGAAAGCUGCCCCAUUAAUAUUUUGUUCAAUGAACCUAAUUAUUUUAAGUAAUUGGAAAUUAAUAUAAACUACGACUGCUUCAAAAGGAGCAAGCCCAACCUUACUGCAGGUAUUGAAGAGAUUUUUUUUUGUAGCUAUUUAAUUGAUCAAGAUUUUUAGCAAUUAUUCAAAUUUUAGCCGUUAAUGGGUUUUACUAGAUAUUCACAUUCAAGAUAGACAUAUUUGUGGCGCCUUACAUAUGCUCUGGCUUUCCCAUUGCUAUGUCACUGCUAUAACUGUCUCCCAUAAGAUUAGUUUGUAUGAAUUUGGAGUAUACAAUAUAAAGUCUCAAUGUUAUUGUAACAUGUUUUUAUAGAGUUUAUUUUUUUACUUUUCAUUUUGACAUCACAAACAGUAGGCUGUAGUAUACUUAUAAUAGUAUUUUGUAUAAACAGACCAUUUAAAAUUUAUUUAUAAUAGUUACUUUUGUUAGUAGUUAGGUUUAUUAUAUAUUAUGAUUGUAAAAAGUUCACAUGAAUUCCAUAAUUAUAUUUCAUAACUACAAAACUAGUUUUUUAUGAAAUUAAUCUAAAUUGGUUGUACCUAACUAACCUAUCCACUUCAAAGGAAAGGAGUACAAAUCAUGAAUACCAUGUUUCUUCCUCCCUACAAACUUUUAAUUUAAAUCUAAUUAAUGCUCUUGAAUUUAUGUAAAUGUCAUUUAUUUGUUUAUACUUUUUUACCCAACUGUAAGAAGGGUUAUUUAAUUGUCCUAUAAUAAACACGAUUGUAUUAGAAAGAGCCUGAAUUUUUUUGUUUGUGUGUACAUAUAGGUUCAGAAACUACUGGACCGAUUUUAUAAUUCUUUCACCAAUGGAAAGUCACAUUAUCAUAGAGUAUUAUAUUUUAUCCCCGUAUUCCCACAGGAAUGGGAACUGCGCGAGUGAAAUCGCGGGGUAUCUGCUGUCUUAAAUAAUUUUAAGGUUUUAAAGACAAAGAGUGGUUAUUUAGUAUAGGACGACUAAAGUUAUACUCCGCGCUACGAAACAAGUCCCAUAGACGCGGCGCUAAUGUCAUAGCGGCCCUCAUUGUCAUUUGGUAAUGGCGAUCUUAAUGUCAUUUCGUUUAAGGCGCUGUCAAUUUCAGUUCAUGUUUUAGCCGCUGGACUUCUUUCGUGGCGCGGAGUCUAGUGUGGCACGCCGCACGAGUACCUAAUGAUUUAAAUGAAUAUUAAUUAAAUAAUAUAAUCAGCUAUUAUCUAUACUUAUAAUAAAUCUGUAGAGAGGUCAAUUCUGUACAUGAAAUAUAUUUCCAAAAUAACUAUCAGGGGGUGAUUAGUGAUCGAUACUGAUGCCAAAAAUGCAAUCAGUAAAAUUUUUGUCUGUCUGUCUGUCUGUCUGUCUGUAUGUUCUUUAUAGAAACAAAAACUACUGGACGGAUUUUAACGAAACUUGGUACAAUUAUUCUACAUACUCCUGGGCAGGUUAUAGUAUACUUUUCAUUACGCUACAAUUAAUAGGAGCAGAGCAGUGAAGAGAAAUGUUGAGAAAACGGGAGAAGUUACUCAAUUUUUUAAGCUUCCGUCGCGUGUACAGCCUUAAUGGUUAAAGUUACAUAGAAAUCAUGUAUGACGGAAAUGUUCUCCUUAAAAUUAUCUAUAAGAACACAACAGCAUAUAUAUGUCUAUCUUUUAUGGUUGACUCACUAUAACACGUGUAACUCCCAAUAGCUUAGCAGUUCGGAGCUUUCUAAUUAUAUUUGUCUACUCUUAUGUUUAUAACACUCAUCACUCAUCCCUAACUAAAAAAGUUAAUAUUAUUACCUAUUCAAUAAAAAAAAAAAUCAUAAAAAUUGGUAAAGAAACACCAAAGUUAUACAAGAAAUACGCUAAACCAUAGCGCGUGAAUACUAAUUCAUGCUAUAUGGAUUAUUUUUGUGUAAAGGUUGCCGCGCUCGACUCGACUCGCGGUUGGGGGAAUAAAUAAAGAAGUGCAGCCUUAAUGAGUAGGGUUUUAGGGGUAGGAUAGGGGUAGUGUAGGGUAGGGGUAGGGUAGGGGUAGGGCAGGGGUAGGGUAGUGGUAGGAUAGGGGUAGUUGAAAGUUUACAACGACUUUCACGCGGACGAAGUCGCGGGCGUCCGCUAGUUAAUUAAAUAUAACCGUUGUUGUUAGUGUUGCUAGGUUAGAUUUAAUCUAUUUUAAAGUUUGACAACCUCUCAGGUCACAUUUGCAGGUUCGAUUCCUCAGGUAAAUCUAGGUAAUAAAUCUGUGUAAUUUUAAAAGUGAUUAAUGGCAGGUUUGGGAGAGGCUACAGUUUUUUAGUCUGACACGAUACCGUGUAAAAACAGUCUCGUAUGAAUUGAAUUAGCAGGUACCUAUACUUAGGUAUAGUCUGAUGCAAUCUUUAUGACGUCUCCGAAAUACUAAUUACUACUAGUAGUAACUAACUGACUAAUACUAGUCAUACAAAAGGUACGCUAAAAUAAAGACGCGUAAAGCCAUUUUGGGUAAAUCAAAGGCGCGUGGGUGCUACGUAACCGGUGAUACCUGAAAUCUUGCUUUGCGCAACCAAACACACGAUGUACUGAAACGUCAUGAAGAUUGCAUCCGACUAAGUAUUCUAUACCGACUGCUGAGUUUGAGCGCCUCCAGCGUAUACAUCAUACUUUACACUGGUAAGGCCGGGGUAUAGCCUUAAAUUGUCGUUGAAUGAUAUAAUAAAGUAUAAAGACUUAUACGUCGUAGAAAUCAUCCGAAUCGAUGUAUUUGUGCAAGUGCCCAGAAGGCUGGCAGUGUUGCCACGUUGUAUUUCAAUACUUAUUCUCUUACCUAUAUAUAGGCCAGCCUUCUGGUUCUCGAUUUCUUUAUAAAGAAAGCGAGUACUCGGACCCCAUAAAGUAAAAUAUAAAUAUAAUGGACUAUAAAUGUACCUACGUCUCAAAUUAUAAAGCGACUGUAAACUGUAUCGUCAUUUUGAAUAAAUGUUUAUAGUUACU